AUGGACAUCAAGUUGGUCGCCAUAUUUUUCAUCCUUGUUUGUAGUGUAAGGGUGAUCAGGACCACUCAUCCUGAAUGCUCCAUUGUCCUCCACCUCUUGGAGAAAGAGGGCGAGUGCAAACUCCAGAUGAGGAACACCAAGGCACUGUCCUUGUCAACUCCUAAUAACACUACAGGUUGUCUGGUGGAGUGGGAUGGUGUGAGCUGCUGGCCCGCAGCCCUAAAUGGGGAGAGCCUCUCCGUAUCGUGUCCUCUGAUCCUCUUGAAGCCAGACUCUCCCCCAGCUCUAAUCACACGCAACUGCACCCCCGAAGGAUGGAGUAAGCCAAGCUUGCCAUAUUACAAAGCCUGUUACUUUGAGGACAGCAGUGAAGAAGAGGAGGAGACUGGGGAUAAGCAAAAUUACUUUGCUACGGUGAAGAUCAUUUAUACUGUGGGCUAUGGGUUGUCGCUGGCAUCGCUCUUCAUUGCCAUUCUGGUCUUCUGUAUCUUCAGGAAGCUGCUGUGCAUCAGGACCUCCAUCCACCUCAACCUGUUUUCCACCUUCAUCCUCCGUGGCCUGGCCGUGUUUGUGAAGGACGCCGUACUGUUUGCAGACGAGAGCAUGGACCACUGCACUGUCUCAACGGUAACGUGUAAAGCAGCAGUGACUUUCUUCCAGUACUGUGUCUUGGCCAACUUCUUCUGGCUUCUUGUAGAGGGCUUGUACCUGCAAACUCUGCUGGUAUUCACCUUUGCGCAGAAGAGAAAACUCUUCUGGUUGUACAGUGGCAUAGGCUGGGGCACUCCCUCAGUGACCAUCAUAAUUUGGACCCUGCUGAAGAGUCAGUUUGACAAUGAAGGAUGCUGGGACAACCUUGACAGUGCCUUGUGGUGGAUCAUCAAAAUUCCCAUCCUCUUAUCUGUCUUUAUCAACUUCGUGGUGUUUGUGAACAUCAGUAGGAUCAUCAUUCAGAAGACCAAGUCCACAGACCAGAAUGGAAGUGAGGGACUUCAGGUCUACAGGAGGCUGGUGAGAUCCACCCUUCUUCUCAUCCCUCUGUUUGGAGUGCACUAUGUGGUCUUCGCCCUCUUACCUGAGCAUGUGGGUGUAGGGGCCCGACUCUCCCUGGAGCUGGUCCUGGGCUCCUUCCAGGGGUUUAUAGUUGCAUUGUUGUACUGCUUCUUGAAUGGGGAGGUACAAAAUGAAAUUCGAAAGGCGAUGAAGGGGUGUCGUUCUCAGACAGGAAACAAUGUCUUCAAUCUGGCAACCCAGGACUAUGUAGCCUAGACUCAGGGUGGUGAUGACUAUCUUAAAUGGUUUAUUAUCAUUGAAUAACCGAAGUCUAAGGACAAAUACAGUGCAUUCGGAAAGUAUUCAGACCCCCUUGACUUUUUCCACAUUUUGUUACGUUACAGCCUUGUAUUAAAAACAUUUUUCACUAAUCAAUCUACACACAAUACCCCAUAACGACAAAGUGAAUACAGAUUUGGGGGAAUUUUAGAACAUUUAUUAAAAAACAGAAAUACCUCAUAUAAGUAUUCAGACCCUUUGCUAUCAGACUUGAAAUUGA